AUGGUUGGGGGCUCUCAUAGUUGGCCUUCUUGGCAGAAUGACCUUACUACUUAUUUAUUUCAAUCUGUCCUAAGUGAUUUACGACAGAAUGGCUAUCUCUUCACGUGGUCUAAUCGGCAGGACAAGGCUCCUAUUAUGAAGAAGCUAGACCAGGUCCUUGCCAAUUUGACAUGGGAGUGUGACUUUUCGGGCUCUGAAGCUUACUUGCCUCCCUCCGGUGUUUCGGAUCAUUCUCCAAUGGUGGUAACACUUGCUGCCUUACCUUCGCAAAAAACACCAUUUAAAUUCUUUGAUAUUUGGGCUGAGCAUCCGCAAUUUCUAUCCGUGGUAGCUAAGGCAUGGGCUAUAGAUGUAAAAGGAAGUUCGAUGUAUCAACUAUGCCAUAAGUUGAAACAUUUGAAAGGAGAGUUGAAAAAGUUCAGUAAGGAAUUCUUUGCAAAUUUGCCUCGGCGAGUGGUGCGAGCUAAAGAGGCUUUGAAGGAGGUACAACGUAUGAUUCAGCAUCAUCCCCUUGACUCGACUUUUCACACCGAGGAGUCAAGGCUCAUUAAGGAUUAUUUGGAGUUGAGCAGAGCGGAAGAAAGUUUUUUGAAGCAAAAGGCUCAGUGGUUGAAUUUGGGAGACAAGAAUUCGAAGUUCUUCUUCCAAUCUAUGAAGCUUUUUCAGAGUCGUAGCAAGAUCACAUCUAUUUCUACUGAUGAUGGGGCUCGGGUGGAGACUCCGGGUGAGGUCAGUGACACCAUUGUGCAGUUCUUUCAGAAUCUUCUAGGUUUUCAUGAGGUUGCGGGUGUUGAUGAGGACAUGCUUCAGCGAGUCCUUCCAAGGCAGCUCACUGAGAUUCAGAGGGAGGAUUUAGAUCGAUCUGUUUUAGAUGACGAAAUAAAGAUGGUGAUGUUCUCUUUGAAGGAUCCGGUCCGGAUGGUUUUAGUGCUGGCUUCUUUAAGAAGGCUUGGAAUAUAG